AUGCCGCCCUCCGUCACCCAAGCAUCCUUCCCAACAAAUCUUCCUCGCCGUCGCCAGACCUCCCUCCGGUGCUUCUCUUCAUCUUCUCAAGACGGGACCCCCAAGGCAAGGGGAAAUCGUCAUCUAUCUAUCUUAGAAAGUGUUCUUGCCAUAGUCUCCGUCUCCCCAACCAUCGACAACUUCACCUCCGCACUCAGUCCCACACUACGCUGA